AUGUCGGACGAGAGCGAGGAGGGGAGCGAGGACCGCGAGCCCGAGGACACUUUGGGGGUCCGUCGGGGCGCCGCUGCAUACGAUGGGGAAUAUGAACAUGGUCUCAGAAAUGGGCAGGGGACUUACAGGUUUAAGAAUGGUGCUCGCUAUAUUGGAACGUAUCUUCGAAACAAGAAGCAUGGCCAGGGGACUUUUUUUUACCCGGAUGGAUCAAAAUAUGAAGGAGACUGGGUGGAUGACCAGAGACAUGGCCAUGGACAGUAUACCUAUGCGAAUGGAGACACCUAUACUGGAGAGUGGUUUAACCACUAUAGGCACGGGCAAGGUACAUAUGUCUAUAAAGACACAGGAUCUAAAUACGUUGGUGGUUGGGUAAAUGGAAACCAGGAAGGAGAAGCUGAACUUAUCUACCUAAACCACAGAUUUCAGGGCAGGUUUUCAAAUGGAAAGCCUGUAGGUCGUGGCAAAUAUGUCUUUGAUUUUGGAUGUGAGCAGCACGGUGAAUACAUACAACAAGAGCAGGAUAAAGGAGGAGAAGAAGAGGAGGAGGAGCCCUCAUUACUUGCUGAGCCAAAAUGGAAAGCAUCAAAAAUUACCAAACUAACACUCUGGACUCCCCAUGGGGAAACUCCACCUCCUCCCAAAGAAGCCUCCCUGGAGGCACCAGCAGCACCAGAACCAGAAGCAGGAGGUGAUGGAGCAGAAGAAAGACCAGCAGCAGCAGUAACUGAAGAGGAGACAGUUCCGUCCGUUGCAGUCACUGAUGAGUCUGCUGAGGGUAGGUAUGAGGAGCCUUCUCCUUUUGAAGCAUCCAGUGAAGUUCUUAGCUCAGGGUAUCUUGCUCCCAUCAUCCUGCCUCAUUUACUUACCACUCCUGAAUAUCACUUAGUGGAUGGCAGUAAUGGCCAAUGUACAAGGUAUCAGAAGGGGAUCUCCAACUGCUACCACUUGCUGCAGAUGCUCAAGCCAAGCACGAAUGUCUCUGAAGCUUUUCUUAGCAGCAUCUGUUCCACUCCUAUGGCUAUUAGGGCUCAAUACCAACUCUCUGCAUUCAUGUCUGUGCAAGGAGGAGGAGGAACAACAUUUCUCCUGCUGCCAGAAAUUGUGAACUUCAACAGCUUCCCUCAGGGGAGUCCCCAGGCACUGCGCCAUCCUGCACAGCCCCUAGACAUGUCUCUACCUCAGGCUCAAGCUCUCACCUCUGUGGAGACCCUGUUGAUAUACUAUUUAUUCUCCUUAACAAUGAACAGUCUGCACACCUCCUUCAAGUCCUUGGACAGACAGCACAUGGACCAUCACACACCUCCCUGGGUGAAUAAGCAUGCCUAUACAGCAGACAAAAAACAGUCCAGCACCCUCUAA